ACCCCAAUUAUACCCAUGUCUUGAAAAAUUGUUUUUAAUAAAAACCACUACACAAUUCAAAUUUUGGUGCCAGAUAUUAAAAAUUCAACAACUAACCUGCCAAAACGAGACUCGUUCCCCCCAUACCUUGCUACAGAUGCAACAACUUUGACCUUAGGGUUUCAAGCUGCACCCGCGCCAAUUCUCAUUCCUCUCUCUACCUCUCUCCCAAGACUCUACUGCUCUCUCUCUCUCUACCUAUGCAUGAACCGGAUCCCGAUUCCGGGGGUCGUCGCUGAAUCAAGUCUCUGUCUUAUCCGUCUUCAGCAAUGGCGUCGAAGGCGUCCCCGUCGCCUUCUGCCAGCAGAUCGGGGUCUCUCAAGGACGCUUCGAUGGCCAAGGCAGACGAGUCAGCUCCUGUGAGCAAGGAGAUUGUAUCAGUUAUUGAGUCUCUGAAAAGGCACGUUGUAGAUGAACGGUGUGUUUCUAUAAAGGAAAGGAUGGACAACAAUAGACACAAAUUGGCUAGUAUCACGAGCCAUCUACAGAAGUUGUCAAAGGAAAGAAGAAACAGCUGGAUUAACUUCGCUGAUUCUAGUCUCGAUCUACUGAAAAAGAGGCAAGAUGAUGCAAUUGGUAUGCACAGUGGCAUUGGUACUAGUAGUAGUGAUAAGGACAGUGACAGUGAUCAAGAAGACUCUCAUGCUUCUACGGCUGUUCUUUUGGGAACUAGUAUCCCUCCGGGAAAGAAUUCUGUUCGGCCAAUUAGACUGCCUGAAGUUAAGAAAUUACCUCCAUACACCACCUGGAUAUUUUUGGACAGAAAUCAGAGGAUGACAGAAGAUCAAUCAGUGGUGGGUCGGAGAAGGAUUUAUUAUGCUCAGAAUGAUGGAGAGGCACUUAUUUGUAGUGAUAGCGAGGAAGAAAAUGUUGACGAAGAAGAGGAAAAGAAAUAUUUCCUGGAAUCAGAAGAUUAUAUUAUACGCAUGGCCAUCAAAGAAGCUGGAUUCUCAGAUGCUGUCAUAAAUUCCUUGGCAGAAUGUUUCUCUAGAAAGGCAGAUGAAGUGAAGGCAAGAUAUGAAAGUCUAACCAAGGAAGAGAAGACUUCAGUGGAUUCCCUGAAUGUAGACAGUGAAGCUUCGUCGUUGAAUUGUUUUCUUGAGAAGGAUCUUGAAGCUGCUUUGGAUUCUUUUGACAACCUAUUUUGUCGUCGCUGUCUUGUCUUUGAUUGCAGAUUGCAUGGAUGCUCACAGGAUCUUGUAUUUCCAGCUGAGAAACCACCACCAUUGAACCGUCCAGACCUUGACAAUCUACCGUGUGGUGAACACUGCUACAGAUCGGUAUCUAAGCCGGAAAAAGUGGCUACUGACGAUUCCCCUGAGCUUGGUGAUACAAAAGACAACUCUGUCCAGCCAUCAUCUGGUAGUGCUGGGACUCGCACGUCUGUAAGGAAAAAACAUACUCCAUGUGCUCGGAAGAAGGCCAAGCCCUCCCAAAGUGAAAGUGCCUCGUCAAUUGUCAAAAACAUGUCAGAUAGUAGUGACUCAGAGAUUGAACCUCAACAUACUGCUUCCACGAGCCACUUGUCACCCUCCAAGACAAAACUUGGUGGAAAUGGUGGAGUUUCUCAAAGGAACAGCAAGCGAGUGGCUGAACGUGUUUUGAGUUGCAGUAAAAAAAGACAGAAGGUGGUAGGCUCUGAUUCAGAUUCUGUGGCUAGUGGAAGUGUUUUGGGAGGUGACGGAAAACUUAGCAGUAGUCCACACAAAGAAAAUGAAGAUGCCAAUUCUUCUUCCCAGAAACAUGCAAAAUCAAGGUCAAGGAAAAGAGAGCUUUCUAUUCAGAAUUUGCAAGGUGAAGCUCGUGAUGGUAUAUCAAGUGGGAUGGUCACCGACCCACCUGGAAAUAACAGUGAUGUUACCUUGAGAAAAGAUGACUGUGCUGAUGGAAACAGCUGUGAAAUGGCGUUGAAUGAUAACCUGUCUUGGAAAGCUUUCGAGAAAAGUCUUUUCGAGAAAGGCGUGGAAAUCUUUGGCCGGAAUAGCUGUCUAAUUGCUAGGAACCUGUUAAAUGGUUUAAAGACGUGUGUGGAAGUUUUUCAAUUCAUGACACAAGGAGACAAAAGGCUAGCCUAUCAAGCAGGUGAUGCUGCAAAUUCUCUUGGCGAUGGCUAUUCCAAGUUUGAACAUCAAGGGAAUAAUGAAGUUAGGAGAAGAUCAAAGUUUUUGCGCAGAAGAGGUAGAGUUCGCCGCUUGAAGUAUUCUUGGAAAUCUACAGCCUACCAUUCUAUUAGGAAACGGAUAAGUGAGAGAAAAGAUCAACCAUGCCGCCAGUACAAUCCUUGUGGCUGCCAAACAGCUUGUGGAAAGGAGUGCCCAUGCCAUUUGAACGGCACAUGCUGUGAGAAGUAUUGUGGAUGUCCUAAAACUUGCAAAAAUCGCUUCCGAGGCUGUCAUUGUGCCAAGAGUCAAUGUCGAAGCCGUCAAUGCCCUUGCUUUGCUGCGGAUAGGGAAUGUGAUCCAGAUGUUUGUCGGAAUUGUUGGGUUAGUUGUGGCGAUGGCUCACUUGGAGUACCUAAUCAAAGGGGAGACAAUUAUGAGUGUAGGAAUAUGAAGCUUCUUCUCAGACAACAGCGAAGGGUUUUACUUGGAAAAUCUGAUGUAUCUGGAUGGGGAGCAUUUUUGAAGAAUAGCGUGGUUAAAAAUGAGUACCUAGGUGAAUACACUGGAGAGCUGAUCUCGCACAGGGAAGCUGACAAGCGUGGCAAGAUUUACGAUCGUGAAAACUCCUCGUUCCUCUUCAAUUUGAAUGAUCAGGCAGGAUGGUUUGUCCUUGAUGCUUACCGGAAAGGUGACAAGUUGAAGUUUGCCAACCAUUCUCCUGAUCCAAACUGCUACGCAAAGGUGAUUAUGGUUGCAGGAGAUCACCGAGUGGGCAUAUUUGCCAAAGAAAGAAUAAACUCAGGGGAGGAGCUUUUCUAUGACUACCGUUACGAACCAGACAGAGCUCCUGCUUGGGCAAGGAAGCCCGAGGCAACGGGAUCGAAAAAGGAAGAGCCCUCUCAUCCGAGUGGCCGUGCCAAAAAGCUGGCCUAAAGAAAUCUCAGAUUCACAAUUUUGUUUUUCUUUUUUACAGAGCCGAAAGCAGCAUUCCCUGAUCGACCUUUGGAGGAUAGGCAUAGGGUUCUAACCAUUCGCGGAGGCGGCCAUUGCUGUCUCUCUUGCAGCUUAACUGACUGCAUUUUGUGUACAUUCCUUGUUCUCCUGCGUCGGCCAGGUCGAGUCAUUGCAAUGAACACGGGAAAAGGGUAGAGAAAUGAAGAACGAGGUUAGUUAAUUGAUGACACCACAGAUCUAACUUGCACAGAUCUCUAUUGUAAAAGGAAAGAGCAUUUGAUGGUGGAAGGGCGGGGUUACUUCCUUGUCUAACAUUCUUUUCCAGCCCUUUUUUUCUCAUCUCUUUCGGUUCAGACGCUUUAAGAAAUGCAAUCUUUUUGCGACUUUUAGUUUCUUCGUCUUCUUUUGCAUGCCAUAUAUGGCUUCCCCAGUCCUUUAGGAGCUGCAAAUUUUGUUAGAACACACUUGGUGUUCAUGUGGAGCUAUCUAACAAUCCAGUACAGUUGGGAUACCGUUCCAAUUUUAUCAUAUGUCCUCGAAUGGUCACAGUUUCUGAUAUCGAAUCUUGAGUCAACUAGUAA